ACUCCAAGCUGAUAUCAUCAAUAUCAUCAUGGCAGGCCGAAUCAUUCUCAGCGGACUCUUGGUCAUCCUGGUCCUUGCUGCUGUUUGUGCCGCACAGGCUCCAACCGGCAAUCGGCCAUCGAGACCACAACCAAGACCAAGACCAGGGAACGGUACGGGCCCACCUCCACCACCCCCAGGUAAUGGAACCGGUAACCACUCACUCCCAAGCAACGGCACCGGCCCACCUCCACCAAGACCAGGUAAUGGAACCGGUAACCACUCACUCCCAAUCAACGGCACCGGCCCACCUCCACCAAGACCUGGUAAUGGAACCGGUAACCACUCACUCCCAAGCAACGGCACCGGCCCACCUCCACCAAGACCAGGUAAUGGAACCGGUAACCACUCACGUGCCGGCCGAAUUGUUAAGCGCGGUAAUGGAUCCGGUAACCACUCACACCCAAUGAACGGCACCGGUCCUCCUCCACCAAGACCUGGUAAUGGAACCGGUAACCACUCACUCCCAAGCAACGGCACCGGCCCACCUCCACCAAGACCAGGGAUUGGAACCGGAGAUUCAUGUGAGAGUGCAUGCGGUGGCAUGAACCCCACUGGAGCCUGCUUCUGCGAUGCUGCUUGCAUGAGUUAUGGUGAUUGCUGCCGAGAUUACCAGGAAGUGUGUCAGCUCAAGAACGAAAGGUAG